GGCGAUUAGCUAGCUAGCACUGCACUGCACUGUGCGCACAACUACUCGAUCGACUGCAUUGACAGGGUACGAUUGUGGACUACGGACCGCACCCCCACGGCCUAGCGUUGACAGAGCAGUGUUGUCUGUCGGCAGCUAGCUCGGCAGGCAGGCCAGGCUAGGCGCAGGCACACGACGUAUUCAGUACCCGGAAAUUUUCAACCUGAGCAUCAGAUAAGAGUCACAGAACGAGAGUCAAUCUUCUUCAAAUUAGAAGAUUUGGAUCUGCAGCUUACACUCUGAUGCUGUCAAAACUCAAAACUCGAGAGGAUGGUUUAAACAAGACUUGAGAGAUAUUACCAUCUACAAGAAAUGGCUUCUCCAACAAACAUGUUUGCUCCAUUUGCUUCAAACGUUAAUAAAAACUCUGUUGGAGUCAACUUUUUGACAACUAAAGUCGUUGAUGCCAUCCAGAAUAACUGGGUCUACGAACAGAUUGUCCAGGUUAUUCAAGCACAACCGGAUGGAAUCAAUGAAAAGGGAUGGCACGGUUUUACUGCCCUACAUCGAGCUGCACUGAGAGGGGAUCCUGCCAUAAUAGCACUUCUCUUAGAACAUGGUGCAGACGUCAACCUGAUCAAUGACUAUGGGGAAACACCUCUCAUGUAUGCUUGCAAACGAGGCAACCCUCAGAAUGUGGACUUGUUUCUAGAGGCUGGUAGUAAUCUAGAUACAGAGGACCACCAGGGGCGUAAGCCUGUACACCAUGCAGCUGCUGGAGGCAGUGUACAUACGCUGCAUUACUUGGAGCAAGUUCAUGGAAUUACAUUCGACGAAAGAGACAAACAUGGUCAGACACCUCUCCAUGUGACAUGUUAUCAAGGGUUUCAAGAUGCUGUCAAAUAUCUUCUAAGGAAAGGGCGGUCAGAUGUAAAAUUGCCAGACAGCCAUGGAAACUUGCCAAUCCACAUAGCUUGCCUGAAUGCUCUCUCUGAGACAUGCUGGACACUGCUAGAGAUUGGCUCUUGUCAAACUCUGCUUAUCAAGAACAAAGAAGGAAAGACCGCCCUCGACGUGCUCAGAGAGGGCAGGGGCAUGUCACAUCAGUACUUAUUCAAGGAAAUGGACUACUGGGCUCACUCUAAGGCACCGCACUUACCUCCGAAGGGACCCCUCUUAUCGUGGUAUACCCUCUUGCUUGGACCCUUUGUAUACUUUGCUCUUAUCAUUGCCGUCGGAAGUCAGCUAAGGCAAUACGGUGGUGUAUUCAUGGCCGUAUUCACUGCUGUUCUAGUCUUUCUGGUCAGCAACCAGCAGCAUAGAAUCUCACAUAUCAGCAGAUGGGCCAAUCCUGUACAAGCUGGAGCCUUCUUUGCUGGAAUCAGUCACACGGCCAUCUGCUAUUUCUACAAAGUACUACCAGUGUUAUGGCCUGAGACAGUCAACCUAUCUCUUCUGAUUCUAAUCCCCUUGGCCUUCAUCAUGGUUACGCUCUACUACCGCCUCAUCACGGGGGACCCUGGUACUUGCAAGACCUCGCAGCGGCACAGUCAAGAUGGGUCAGUUUUGACCAUCAAGGAUAUCGUCAAAGGGAGAUGCAAGAUAGACAUCUUCUGUGUGCAUUGCGAGAUCAUUCGGCCUGCCGGAACGAAGCACUGUCGGUUGUGCCAUAGAUGCGUCAGUAAUCUUGAUCACCACUGUCUCUUCAUCGUCAACUGCGUGGGAGAACGCAACCAUCGAUCUUUCAUCAUCUUUCUCUGCGUCACAUCUCUUGCUCAUCUCGUCUUCAUCUUCCACUCCUACCUGUUCCUCACCUCCCUGUACCCCGACGCCGACCUUUGGCCUCUCCUAGUACAGACGUUCUACGACCAGACGUGGGUUCUAAUCCUCUGCUUCCUCAACACGUAUACUGUCAUAUGGGAGAUGUUUCUCAUACAAUACCAACUCCAAUAUAUCUCUCGUGGUUUGACAACAGCGUACGACAUCUCAAGGAGGAAUCCAAACUAUGCUCAGAUCAUGGAAGUCUCAUUUCACGACAGAUUGCGAAAUAUUAAGAACUUCUUGUUAGGAAGGAGGACAAAAUCUGCAUUUGAGUUGCGUAAAUCCCGAAUAGUGUAAUACUGAACUGUUAAAUAACAGUCACAUUUUAAAGGCAUAGUUGAGUUCUAUUUUAGACCGCAAAUGCCUUCAAAGUGCAUGGUUAUUGCUCUUGCUAUGAAGGUAAAUUCAGACCCCAAAAUGUGAAAAAUUUAGCCAAUAC